AUGACCCUGCUCCUCUUCAUGAAAUUCCUAAACUUAAUCUUCGAGGCCGAAGACAAAUAUCAUGUAAAAACAACCGGAAAUCCCCGAGGCUGGGAGGCCUUAUUCUUCAUUUUCCGAACCCUCAGAGCUCUCCUCCUCUUCACCGUCAUAGUCCUCAUCGGGACCGGCUGGUCCUUCUUAAAGCCCUUCUUACAAGACAACGAGAAGCGCCUCCUCAUGCUCGGCAUUCCACUUCAAGCUCUCGUAAACAUCGCCUACAUAAUGGAAACCGAAGAAGGUCCCUCAGCCAAAAACUUCGGCUUCUGGUUCACGAUCUUCGUGUUCGUCGACAUCGCGUGUUGCUUCGUGAUUAUGGUCCCGGUGACUUGGUCGAUCAGGACGCUUCGCGAUACGUCGAAAAUGGAUGGAAGAGCAGCCACGAACCUGAAGAAGCUGAGGCUCUUUCGGGACUUCUACAUCGCUCUGGUGGUUUAUCUUUAUUUCACGAGAUAUAGUGCGAUUUUUUUGAGUGUGUAUUUGAAUUAUAAGGAUCAGUGGUGGUGCUCGAUGGUGACGGAGACGGCGACGCUGGGGUUUUAUACGACCAUGUUUUAUUUGUUUCAGCCGCAAGAGAGGAACCAGUAUUUUGCAUUGGCGUUUGAUGAUGAGGAAGAAGAGGCUGCGCUUAGUGCUAUUCAAAGUUCGGAAUUUUCGGAUUAUUGA